GCUGGACCGUGGUCAGUCCUGGGCUGGACCCACGUCCCAUGCCAUGGCGGCGCCCGGGCUCCCGUGGCUCCUGCUGCUGGCCUGGUCGGGCCUCUUGCUCGCCGGGCUCCCACCCCCCUUCCCCCGACCCGGCUCGGAGCCCACGCAGAGCUGUUCGGUGGUGCUGGACCCGGGAUCCGGGCAGCCGAAGGUUGCAAGCGGCUGGGAACCCGAUGCAAUCGCCUGGGCCAACCUCACUGACAGCAUUCGGAGCACUGGAUGGUCCUUCUUGGAUCUGGCCACCAAUGAGAAGUAUAAUGACAGCCUCCAGGCCUAUUCAGCAGGGCUGGCUGAAGCUGCAGUAUCUGAGCAGCUUAUCUACAUGCACUGGAUGAACACUAUGGUGGGCUACUGUGGCCCCUUCAAAUACCAAACUGACUACUGUGAGAAGCUGAAGAGCUAUAUUGAAGCUAACCUGGCCUGGAUGGAGCAACAGAUGGAGAACCAGCAAGAUUCUGCUUUCUGGCAUCAGGUUCGCCUCGCCUUGCUUCAGUUGAAGGGCCUUGAGGAUGGUUACAACGGACGUGCGGCCUUCCCUUCUGGCAAGUUCUCCAUCACCCCCUUUGGCUUUCUCUUGUUCCAGCUGGGGGGUGAUCUGGAAGACCUGGAAGCAGCCUUCAAUAAAUCCGAAAGCCAGCGCGUCCUUGGCUCUGGCUCCUGUUCGGCCUUGAUCAAGCUGUUGCCUGGCAACCGGGACCUCCUAGUCUCCCAUGACACGUGGAACACUUAUCAGUCCAUGCUGCGCAUCAUCAAGAAGUACACCUUGCCAUUCCGGACUUCUGCUCAGAGUGACUCCGUGAUUCCUGGCUACACCCAGGCUUUCUCCUCAUAUCCAGGCACCAUUUUCUCAGGAGAUGACUUCUACAUCUUGAGUAGUGGCUUGGUGGCUCUAGAAACCACAAUUGGGAACAGCAAUAGUGCUUUGUGGAAGUACAUCCAGCCCGAGGGCAGUGUUUUGGAGUGGUUGCGCAACAUAGUGGCCAAUCGGCUGGCCGAGAGCGGAGCAGAGUGGGUGCUUCUCUUCAAGCAGUUCAACAGCGGCACGUACAAUAACCAGUGGAUGAUUGUGGACUAUAAGUCUUUCAGUCCAGGCACGUCUGGUCUGCAGAAGGGCGUUCUGACAGUCUUGGAGCAGAUCCCUGGGAUGAUGAUUGCGGAUGACAAGACCCAAGAGCUGUAUCAGCAGGGUUACUGGGCCAGCUACAAUGUGCCGUACUUUCCAGAGGUCUUCAAUGCCAGCGGCCUUCCUGAGCUGGUGAAGAAGUAUGGCGACUGGUUCACCUAUGACAAAAACCCCAGAGCCCAGAUCUUCCGGCGCAACCAGACUCUCACCAGGGACAUAGGCAGCAUGAUCCAACUCAUGAGAUUUAACAACUUCCUGAAGGAUCCGCUGUCUCGGUGCCAAGAGUGUAGUCCGCCACAAAAUGGGGAGAAUUCAAUUGCUGCCCGGUCAGAUCUUAACCCUGCCAAUGGUACAUAUCCCUUUGGGGCCUUGCGCCAGAGACCUCAUGGGGGCACUGACAUGAAGGUCACUUCCUUUGAGAUGGCCAAGAACUACAGCUUCAUUGCUACCAGUGGGCCGACCUGGGAUUACCUCCCUGCGUUCCAGUGGAGCACCUCCCCGUUUGUCAACCUGCUGCACAUGGGCCACCCUGACCAGUGGAAAUUCUCACCUGUCCAAGUGCACUGGGGCUGAUGCCCUGCAGGGGGUUGGACUUUGCUCAUUACUCUGGGUUCUGUGAGUGCAAUCCCAGCCGUUGUGGUGUAGUGGAGAAGUGGGUGCUGCGCCCUUGGCUGGCUCUCAUUGAAGGCAUAGCAGAUGCAUUAUUUUUAGUUCUGGAAUGGGUGAGAGCAUUUGAGAAUGGUGGGGCAUAAUGAAGGUUCUCUGUCUGCUGCAGUUGCACAAGAGUACAGGGGAAAAUGCAGAUUGUGGCUUGGGGGUGCAGAAUGCAGCUACCUGAGAAUGUUAAUUUUUUGUUUUUAAAGGGCAAGUUUCUUGUCCUUGUUAAACGCAACAAUAUGCUUGAAAAAUUACGGGCAAAUGCUUGCUCAAAUCUGAAUAAGAUUUUCAGGGGGAGUGGCUAUAGCACCCUGUGAUAUCUCUUUCCUUUCCCCCACUUCUAUCAAAACCUGGGCAGAGGCCUGGGCAAAGUUACACUCUUCUAAAUCCAUUGUAAACAUUGGGCAUAGAAAGGUGUAACUUGUUCAGGAUUGCUCUGCAGAUUAAAGGAGAGGAAUCCCACGGUUAGAAUAAUCUAUGCAGAUCAGUGAAUUCGGUUUUGCUGAAUUUGGAAUUGACUACUGCUUAGUCCCUGUCUGGGAGGUUAAAAAACUUGUUACUGAGAGAUAUUUUUAUUGAUCUUCUCAUCCAAAAUACAGACUUUCUGUAUUUGCUUUUCCUCUGUUUGGCUCUGCUGCUACUCCUGAAUUUAUGAAGUUCCAGCAGUAUCCCUGGAAGUACCAUCCAUUCAAGUCUUAAAACCAGUUUCUCUCCAGAGGAAGUUCUUGCCCCAGAAGGGGCCUACUUUCUUGUUGUGACACCUGUAGUUGUGUUGUAGUAAGAUGUGCAGAUUUAAUCUCACAAGGAGCCCCAGGGGGAAGAUGCAGAGAGCUGCAUUUUAGAGAUUCUGAUGUGAUUUACCAAAGAUUUGAGUUCACAUGUGUUGCAAACUGAAACUAGUUUAAAUGCUGGUGAACUGUUGUGACUUCAAGAAUCCUCCAUCUGGAAACAAAUAGCACAUACAUGGAUAUUAAAAUUCCCAGAAUACUUAUGAAAAGAGUUACACCAUUUUCUAUUUAUGGUGUUGACAUGUCCAUAUUUUCCUCUGUUUGGUUCUGCCUGAGCUCCAUUUAAUUAUCCCUCAUAUCUUCAAGUAACAUUUUCUCUCUGAUCAUUGUAUGUGUUCGUGUACAUCUCUGUGUAUUUUUGUGUAUGAAAACAAAUGAAGAAUUUACCGGUUUGCCCUGAAAGUGAUCCCUCUGCUUUAACCAGGGGUGGCCAACCUACAGUACAGGAACUGAUGGGAAUUGUAGUCCAUGGACAUCUGGAGCACCAUAGGUUGGCCACUCCUACUCUAAGCCCUUUGAGAAGAGGCCAUUUUCUGUAGUCAGUAAAGAGAAUAUUGUGAUGUCAUUUUUUUAAUUCACAACACUAAAGAAGGCUUGCCACACCCAGGGAUUUUUGGGUGUACAUCUAAGUAAUUUUUAAACGUGCCACUAAAAGCUGAAGAGAGAAAUUAUCUGCCAAGCAGGUUAUAUAAGCAGGAUACCCACAUUAUAUAAGCAGGAUACUCUCAUUAAUUGGCUGCCGUCCCACUUACACAUGUGUUCAGCAACAUUCCUGGGUUUCCUGCUUUGUAAUGUGUGAAUCAGCCCUGCUGUAAGCACCUUUUUGAAUCUUUUCAGUUCCGGUUGUGUGUGCAGGUGAGUGUUGUUAGUGCAGAACAGAAAGGAGAAAGUAAUUUCUGACUUGAUCAUAUGCUUUAGUCAGUGUGGAUUUUAUGCUUUGAUUAGCGAAUACAUUAUUCAAAAUGUAUGCGGCUUACCUGGACCCUCUGUGGCUUCCUCCACCUUCCAAUCAAGGGGAAAUGGAUCUGUCUGGCAAUAGCACAAAUCUUCCCCCUGUAGAUCUGGGUGUGGGUUCAUUAGCCAUAUGAAAAAAUUUCUGUCAUGUAAAAAAAUGGAAGAACAUAUUUUUUUCUUUAAUAAAUAUCUAAACGAA